AUGAUACAAAUUUUAACUGAUUGGUUGAUUGAUAAGCUUGAUAUUUAUUGUUUUGACAUAAACAUUAACAACAUCGGAGAAAAGUUUAAAGACGGUGUGUUAUUUGGUCGAUUAUUGCAAAAAUAUCAUAUAAUGCCAACCAUAUACACUCAUUCAUUAAAAAAGAAAAUAUAUGUUGAAGAUCGUAAUAUUCAUGAAAUAGCUUGCGCACAAACAUCUACCGUGUUAAAUUUGUUACAAAAAAUGUACAGUCGGUUAGAAUCUAAAGACAUAAAAUCAUCAUACAAAAUUAAAUUCAUAAGUACUGAUGUAGAACAUAAUUCUAAUAACUUAACAGACAAAUCUAGUAGUUUACACAAUAAUGAAAAAUUAAGUCAUACAUCAAAAACCAAUUCACAUGAUUAUGAUGAAUUAUACGAGAAAGCUGAGUAUGCAAGUAAAGAUAAAUGGAAAGAAAAAAUAUUUAAUGAUUAUAUCAAUCAUAGUAAUUGUUGGUCAUCUCAAAAUUUGAAAUUGGAUAAUAAUGAAUGCUUCCAAUUUAAUUUAAUUCAAAUAGUAACAGGUAUACUAAAUUAUGAGUAUGGAAAAACCGAAGUUAAACCUAUAAAAAUAAAAAGACAGAAAGUAGCUGGUGUAAUAGAAGGGAUAAAUGAUGAAUUAAGUUCAUUAGCAAGUAUAGGUAAAAUUAUUAAAAAUAAGUUAAGUAGCUCUAAAAACUUACAAAAUGCAGAUAUUAUCAACUGUAUUUCUGAAUUUAUCAAGACAUUCCAAGGAAAACAUGGUUGGGUUCUUUUAGAAUUUCCUACUUAUCCAUUUCAAAUGGCUUUGUUGGAGUAUAAACUUACAGGGCAAAUACCGAUCUACGGACAGUUGAGUUAUGAUAAAUUAAAAAAAAAAUCUUCUAUUUUGUUAUAUGAUAUAUGUACAGAUAAAGUUCUUAAGCACUCUUCAAUCACAUCAGAUAUAUUAAUUGACUUAAUCAUGAAAACAGAUGUAGAUGCAAUUAAAAUCGAAAAAGUAUUCAAAAUUUUUCAUUUGGAAAACGUAACUGAUAAAACUGACUCAGAAAAUGAUGACGUAAAAAUAAAUGAUACAUCUUUCAUUUUAAAUAGUGAUCUUACACUUUUGUCUUUUGAACAAAACCAAAUUCAGUCAAAAACACUAUCUUAUGAGUCAUUAUAUUUUGUAAGUAAUAUAACCGAUAAAACAGCAUUAUAUUUAUGUGAAAAUAUUACUACAGUUGAUUGGAGAGAUUUUGCCGUACAAUUGUUUGAGCUUCCGAUUUUAAAAAUUGAUGACUUGUUUUUUUAUCGAAAAGAAUUCAAUUAUCAUGACCAAGGUGAUGAAACUGUGAGUGAAAAUAUAUAUAAAGGUACAAAACUUUGGUUUGAAGAUGGAUCUGAGCGCAAUAAUGAUAUAAAAUUAUUGUUGUACGAGUUGUUUAAAGUGAAAAAUGGUUUUAAUUAUAGUGCUAUGUUAUUGGCAUUUUGUCGCGAUGCUAAGUCAUGGAUAGGAUUAAAAAAAGCGUUUUGUUUAAUUUUCGAUAAUAACCCCCAAGAAGAUCUUAAAGAAGCUAACAAUCAUAUAAGGGAAUUAGAGGACACGCUUUGUGAUUAUGAUGAAGUAGUGUUGCAAAGAAAUCAACUUCAGGAAAAAGUAUCUUCUUUUGCGUCAUGGUUGGAUUCAGUAAUUUGCAAACAAACGAAAAUGUUCAGUGAGUUGAUUAUGAGAUAUGAUGAGUUGUGUUCUAAGUACACUUUACAACGUGAGCAUGUAAAUAAGGAUCGAGAGGAAAAUAUGAGAUUAAGAUGUGAGCUUAGUAAACUAACAGAUGGAUUUCAAUUACAAGAAAAGAGCAUUGUAGAGUUAGAAAAUGCUAAGCUAGACUUAAAAAAUGAAACGUGUAAGUUACACAAAAGAUUAUCAGAUGUAACUGGGGCUUCUAAUCAGGUACGUGUCAGGUUAGAAGAAACUGAACAUACAUUGCAGAAUAAAGAGCGAAGUCAAGCACAAAUUUUAAGUUUAAAUAACACCAUGUCGGAACUUAAAUCAGAAAAUGAAAAUACUAUUACAAAGUUACAAGCAGAAAUUACUGGAUUACAAUAUCAGCUGAAUUUCAAAACUGCCGAAAUAGACGAUACUAAUAAGUUACUUGAAGAACAUAAACAAAAAUUAGAAGUUCAAUGUGAACGGCAAAAUAAAUUAAAGAGAAUGAUUGAAGAGCUUCGAACGGCUCACUUACAAGAAAAGUAUAAGGCAGAUCAAGAAAUAUGUGCGUUGAAAAAUGAUGCUGAAAUAGUUAAUAAAGAGCUUAGAGCUAUCAAUAGAAAACUUUGUGAUGCUCAAAUGGAAAAAGAAAGGCUAAAAUGUCAAUUAAAUGAACAAUUAAAGACAGUAAAACGUUUAGAAAAUAACUUAGAACAACAGCAUCAGGCAGCCAAGAGAAGUAAGCAAACUGCGGAAAUUUCUGCACAAAAGAAUAUAACUGAACGAGAGCAACUCAAUAAUGAAAUUAAAUUGCGAGAGAGAAAAAUUAACUUAUUGACACAAGAAGUUGGUGAACUUAAACGUUUGAAUGAAGAUCGUUCACAGCAAAUUUUACAACUAAAAGCUCAACGAAAUAAAUUAAAGGCAUCAACUAAUCAAAAUCCUUGUGAACAACCUGAUACUUUUACAUCAGUUUUGGAUAGACAUGCCGAAAUAUUAAUUAGUGGUGAAGAAACUACUUAUGAUGCAACUUGUGAACGUAAGUACUGUUUGCAGUCUGAAAAUAAUGAUCGCAGUUUUGAGUCAGCAGCUAAUAUCAUGAAAGAACAUUUUAAUAAUCUUAAUGAAUCGAUUAACGAUAUGAAAAAUUUAAUAUUGUCAUUACCUUCUCCAGAAAAAAUAACUAUUAAAGAAAUUCCUUACGAAUCUCCUGAUGAGAACAAUAACCCUGAUAAUAUACUUAUUAUACUGCAAAAAUUGCUGGAAGACCGUAUUGAAAUACGAAAGCUCUUGAUGGAUAAUUUAAAAAAAAGUCUUAAAUUAGGUAUGCAAUUCCCAAAGCCUUUAGCAGUAAAUUAUACUAAGAAACAAUUAACUCGUGAAGAAAAGAUUAUGCUUAGAGAAGAACAAGCAGGAAAGAAGAAUUGUCUAGAUAUCAUGGGUAAUUAUCCAAGCCUUCCUACUGGGCUAUGUGAGUCAAAGUUACUUAUUAAAAGUAGUGUACUUAAUAAACAUCUAAAAACCUAUGAAUAUGACGAAAGUACAUCUCAAGAAAGUUAUAUUUAUAAUGAAUCCCGAGAAGAAAAAAAUAACAAUGAAGAAUGCAUAAUAGAUUCUAGUCAAUUAAAUAUUGAAGGCCUAUUCCAACGCAAGAGUUUUGCUCCCUUUCAUAUUUACUUAGAACGUAUGAUAACAUUAAAAAAUAACUUUGCUAGUUGUGAGGCAGGAAGAUAUUUUUUCGAAAAAACUGAGCCGUUAUGGGACUCAAUUACUAAUUGUAUUUAUAGGAAAUCAGAAAUUUUAAAUCAGAUGAUAGAUAGUGUUAAUACAACUGAUAUUAUUCCAGAAGCUUAUAAAAAUUGCUAUGACCAACUUGAAAAAAAAGAACUCAAAUUAAAGGAAUCUAAUUCAUUAAAAAAGCUAUCUUUCUUUGAAAGUCUUAUGAAUGAUUUAAAUUAUGAGCUAGUCGAUGAAGAAAUAAUAAAAGCUAUCACAAUAGCAAAAAAUAUUCUCAGUACUAAUAUCACUGCUCACGAAAUAAUAGCAAUAGCUAGUGUUAUACUAGACUAUGAAACAGAUGUUAGAAGUAAUGUUUUAUACAUAAUAGAUGGCUUAUGUGGAAGAACAAUUUUUGAAUAUUCCAAAAGAAGAUUUGCAAAGGAAAAUUCUUUGAAUUCCUGGAAUAUAGGCCGUAAAAAAAUUUUUGCAUUUAUACAGCAGCACAAAAAUAAAUGUCCAGUGUCAAGUAAAGAUAUACUUCAUGAAAACACUAAGUCAUCUACUGGAUAUUCACUAUCUGGAUUAAAUCAUAUAAAUAAUUAUUCUGAAAUAGCAGUCAACAAACUGUUUUCUAUUGUAUAUAAACGACUGGCGGGUGAUCUUGCUGGAACAACUAUAACACCAGUUUUCUAUGACUAUGGAGAAGAAUUAACUAAAUCUGUUUUUGGAAGUAUUGUAAGAAAAAUGACGAAAAUAAUGUUUUCUAUAGGAGGUCCUUAUGAAGAGACAACAUACGUAUUAGGAGUUGUAAUAGAUAAAGUAGUUUCAGAACUGAGAAAAAGAUCCCCAAAAGUAGUAUAUAACAGUAAAAAAAAAAAACUAAAUCAUUUGUAAAUCAAAAUUUAAAUAUGUCAUUCUUUCCAAAAUCUGUGAAUAAUUUAAAAGUAUCAAACAAAACUAA